AUGCCUAAUUCAAAGAAAGCAAAGAAGUAUGUUUCUGAGCAACCAUUAAUGGCAAUUCCUGAAGCCCUUUAUUUCGAAGAUUAUGGGCUUAUUCUCAAGAACCCAUCAUCAUCAUCAAAGAGGCUUAGAAAUAAAAAGGUUGAUCUUGAAGCAGAAAUGAAGCUAUUGUCUGAGAAUUUUGGGGUUAUUUUGAAGAACCCAUCGCCAUCAAAGCGGGUUAGAAACAAAAAGGAUGAUAUUCCAGGAGAAAUAAAGGCAUUGCCUGAAAAUAUCAAGAACAAGAUCAUAGCUUUGGGAGGACCAAGUUCGGAAUCAAGCAUAACUUUUGUGUUUCAGAAAGUUUUGACAGCUACUGAUGUGAAUGCAAAUCAGAGCAGAUUAUUGAUACCAUUCAAGAAAUUGAAAGAUCAUUCCUUUUUGACUGAGAAGGAAAGGAAUAUGUUGGGGAAGAGAUAUGAUAAGACUGAAGGUGGUAAUAACCAUGAUCUCAAUUCCAGCCAUAUUUUUUUAUCCUGCUUGCGUUGAGCAACAAAUGAAUUUGACGAGACGGGACAUGGGCAAAGGUGCUG